AGUCGUGCUAACGACAGCUGUCGGUAAACGUGUCUAGGAAAAACUCUUCUCAAUUUAGUUUAAGUUAAAAAGAAUUUGAAAAUUAUUCCGGUUUUAUGCAGAAGACUCAGUUGAUAUGGUUUACUUAUUGUCUCUUUUGAGAUUUGCUGCAUUAGUUGUUCUAUCAGCCGAGCAACAAUUACCUUUAUCUUUUACGCCUCGGGAAUGUUCAUUACCUCAAAACAUACGAGGUAGUUGGUACGACGUCCAAAAGGGAGAAUAUAUUAACUUAAACCAGACGUUUUGGUCUGACAAACAACAAUGCUUAUCUCAAGACCCGAGAGGAUUUAAAAGUAUUUUCUUCAUAAAAACGAAAGACUAUGAAGGAAAUCCUGCUGUUCAAAUGAAGUACAUUUUAGAAGUUCACACAAACGUAUUCUUCUAUCGGGAAAGCCUGUUGUAUAACGAUGUAGAUGUUUCUCCUGGGACAUAUCUGAAUAAGGAUUUUCAGCUUGAACAAAUAAUGAUGGCAGUACGAACCGAUACGAAACCGGAGAGAACUGCUCAAACUCUUUGUCCAUUCAGUGAAAAUUACCUAUUGGAAAUUUAUAAAGAGAGAGAUGUAUGCUCUCUUUCAAAGAUUCAUCAAUGUUCUAGUGGUAUGCAAUUAUUAGUAAAGAACGACUGCAAACACGAUCGUAAAUCCUACAAGCUGGAAUGUAAAGGUUGGUGGAGAAAAGCUGGAUCUCAAAAGAUUAUCGGAGUGUUUGGCGAAGAGCAGGGAGAGCGCGUUGAAUACAAGUGCUUUCACUUUGACGCGAAGAAAAAGGAAUUGAAGGUUUUUAGACAACAUUACCAAUCGGACUUGUGCGGUAAUGAACCUACUAUGGCACCUAUAGAAUUAUAUAGCAAAAUGGAAAUAAACUUUGAAAAAUGGAGUAUCCCAAAUUGUAGAUUUCCUCAGUGGUUUAAAAAGGAGAAAUGGUUCGAUAUGACUGGACAAUAUAGUUACGAGACUUGGAAUGUUGAUAAAGAGAUAAGGGAAGUUCUGAUAAAUGGAGGCGACGGAAAAAGGACCUUCCGAUGCGUUGGAAUUCAUACCGAAAAGAAUGAGUUUAUCGCUCAUAGUGCCACUUCAUCAGCAUGCAAUCCGAUCAUGCAUUGCAUCAAAGUGAUUCGUCGAAAUGACAACAUGAUAGAAUUGUUGAUCGGGAAGGAUCUACCCGAAUAUGAUAGAUGGAAGUGUGAAAUUUCACUAAAGAAUGCCGAAAAGAAGAUCUUAUUAGCCGAACAUGCUCGCCCAGUUGAAUGCCUAUCGCGAGGUCGUUACACAGAUGCUGAAAAUGAGAAGGACAAUUGCAAAUCAAAUUUGAACGCUUGCUUAUCUCAAAACGCCGUUACUAUAGCGACUAUGUGUGAAGCAAGAAGAUUAGAGUGUUAUGCUUCAUGGCAUCACGGCGGCCAUCGUUACGUUCUCGUUGGCGAAGCAGAAGAAAGGAAUGGUGUUCGAAAUUGCCUGCAAAUCACAGAAAAGGGUAACAUCAUGACGAUAAAGACGAAGAGGGAAUGCAAUAUGAAUGCGCCUCAUAUCUUUGGAAAACCGGUCAACAUGACUUUCCACUUAAAUCCAAGUAGGUUUUGUUAAUAUAAUCGCUUGACAGAUGGCGUUUCACCCAAAAUACACGCAAUUUUACUUAUUUAUCUAUAUAAAAACAUAAAAAAAGUGAGAUGAUAAUAUGUUUUCAUUUUCUUAUUUCCUAAAGGAAAAUGCAGAAGAAAGAAGCAGAAAGAAGGUGUUAAAAAGAAAAAAGAGAAAUAUAACGAUGGUAGACGAUCCGAAAUCUUUAACGUAGAGCAUCCACCAGAAAACAGCGCCCCCUCCAGGACUGCUUUUACUUGCUUAUUACCUAUAGCCAUCUACUGGUUUAGUUCGAACUGAUUGCUAUCCAAAUAUAGACAAACAAACAAAGAUAACAAAGCAAAAAAAAUAAUUUUCGGUAACUAGACUGUAACUUUUUUCAUUUUGACAAGAAGAUAAGAAGAGAGAAGGAAAGAUCUACGUUUCUAGUAGAAGAAGAGUGGUGAUAUUCAAAUUGAAAAUGAAGGAAGUUACGGUCAAAUUUUUGCUCUUGCCAUUAAAUUUUAUUAUUUCUGUAUAUUUGUAUAUAUGUUAUUGUUUCUACUUUAUUACCAUGGAUACGUAUCGAUAAUACUAUUUGUUGUUUUAAUUACGUAAACAACUUAGAUUAAUUAUGCUUUCUUUUUCUAUGCUGAUACUAUUUUAUUGAAAGUUGUUUUUUAGAGAUUUUUAUAAAAAAUCUCAAGUAAUAGAUUUGAAAUAGAUUAUACAAAGAGGAGCGGAGAAGGCGGAGAAGAAUGACGAGAGGGUGAAGAAAGAUGAGAGAAGAGCCAUUGUUGAAAAAAGAGAAGGAAAAUUGUAAAUAGUUAUAGAUACCGUAUAAUUUUAUUUCUUUUAUAUUUAAAUGAGAAAAAAGCAUUCCAUUAUUUUAUAUAAAAAGAAAAGUCUACCAAAAGAAUGUUUUUCUUUUUAUGUGCUUAUACGAAAGUAAGAGGGAAAUAUAUCUAUAUUUAAAUCGUUUAUGAAUAUUAAUUAGUCUUAAUCGAAUUGUUUCAAAAUCAUUUCGGAUGGGAAAAGUGACAAAGUAUUAUAUGAAAACUGUUUUAAAUGCAAAGAAAUAACUAUAAAGAAAACCCUAUUAUGUUAUAUUAUAAUACAUGAAAAUUAUA